AGGCUUCAUUGACAAGGCCGACUCGCAAGGGUAGUAAACUAUAACGUAACUUCUACGGGGGAGGUUAAAGUCAUUGACUCUCCAAGGCCGCCAAUAUUUAAUUGUAAAAAAAUAUAAACUGUAAAACGCGGGGUUAGAAGGAAAAAUAUACAUUAUAACAAAAAAGUUAUGACCGUUUUAUUUAUGUACCCGUUCACUUUCAUGGAUAAUCUGUCGGCCAUUAAUAAUAUACAUCUUAAGUGUAAAUGUCACGUGAUGACCGAGAUAGUUGGAUAUGGACUCGCAAGGGUAGUAAACUAUAACGUAUUAACUUGACUUUUUGUAUUUAUGUACUCGCCAGUAAAAUAAUAAAACCGAAGUAACGUGGUAUAUCUUCUUUACAAAUACUUCGAAGCGACAAAUAAACAUCAUUCGAUAUCAGAGGACUUUCUGAAAUAGUUAUAAAUUUAUAUAUUGGAAGUGACCAUGACAGAUUUCCAUCUCCCUAUCAUAGACCUAUCAAAGUCUAAAACUCACAGAGACGAACUGUCAAGACAACUUGUUAACGCUUUAGAAACAGUUGGAUUUCUUUAUAUCGAUAAUGUCGAUGGGGCAGAUUUUGAGAAAAUGUUUCAGUGCUCUAAAUGGUUCUUCGAUCAAUCAAACGAAAUUAAACGAAAAGUAAUGAGAAAUUACUGGAAUCCAGAAAAUACAAAUUUGUAUAGAGGAUAUUUUCCAGUCGUAGAAGAUUAUCCAAAUCACAAUGAAUGUUUUGAAUUCGGCCGUGACAUAUCUAUCGAUGAUAAAGACAAUAAUCCAGAAAAUUGGUUUUACGAACGUACUCCAUGGCCGAAAGAAGAUGCAAAUUUUGCAUUUAAAGAUGUCUUUCAAAACCAAUAUGAAGCAGCACAUACGGCAGCCAUGGAAAUUCUUCGACUUGUAGCAAGAGGUGUUGGUUUAGGAGAGGAGACAUUUGUUGAGAUGUUUACGGAUAAACCAUGCAGUACUUUCCGUCUUACACACUACCCUCCAUGGAACGACACACCAUCUCCUAAUGCUAUUAUUACUGAUGAUGGUAAAUGUGUCACACUGUCUCAGCACACUGAUACCAAUUUUCUCACAUUGAUAUGUACUUUUGCUUAUCAGGGACUCGAAAUACUUGGUGCGGAUGGUAGUUGGAACCCAGUUGCUCCAAGGAAAAAUAGUUUCGUCAUGAAUAUCGGGGAUUUGUUUGCAAAGAUGACGAAUGGGAGAUUCAAAGCAACAAUUCACCGCGUAUUAGAUAUUGGAGUAGAUCGGUACUCUUCUGGAUUUUUCCUUGAACCAUCAUACGAAAGUGAUGUAGGAGUUAACCUGCUAUCCAAAUCCGAAGAUUCAAAACACAUUCCUGAGAAAUAUGGACCAUAUAUGAUCAAUGCAACCAAAUAUGUUAAGCAGCACUACCUUGAAUACGAAGGGCUGCCAGAUUUUGAAAAUGUCAGAGAAAAAUAUUACGGGAAAAAUAAAGAUGAAUUAUUAAACUGAUCUGUGUAAUAAGUAUGUAUGGUGUGAAACAAAUACUGUUUGCGCUUUAGUUGUACAUAAAUUUAUUAAUGUUUAUAAAUAUACAUAUAUAUAUAUUUAAAAUAAAAUAUUUAGUA